AUGAGUGCCCUACCAAGGAUAUUUUACGAAGGAGGCUCAUGGCUUGUAUGGACAGCAGGAGAAGUGGAAGAACUAAAGAAAAAUGCAAAAGUGAUGGGAGAAGCAUCAAUGACAUCUCCGUGGUAUAAUCAUCAAAAUAAAUAUCUGGGAUUACCUUUUGAAUUUUCUGAAUAUGAAGUUCUCUGGUGUGCACAGAACAACCUAUGCAGAUUGGUUAAACCAAUAUUUAAAGAAAAGAUAGUACCAAUUGAAAAUUCUGCUUAUAAAUUUGAUACAAUCAUUCAAGCUCACAAAGAAGAUGAUUUUGAUGAAGAAGAUGCCGAAUUCCCAACUCCUCCUCUAUUCAAAUAUCAAGUUUUUUGUGAUUUGAAAAAAUAUGGUUACACUAUUGGAGAUGGCUCACAUUACACAUGUGAUUUUGCAGUUUAUAAGAAUGAUGCAUGGAACUCUCAUUCCUCUGCAUUAGUUUGGUGUCAAGAAAAUGAUUUCGACACAAGGAAUCUUAUUUCAUGGGUAAGAAUUGCAGAUGGUGCUAAAAAAUAUGGAAUCGUUGCAAUAAAUGCAGAUAACAAGAUCAAAUACAUUAAAUUUAAUCGAUAUUUACAAAGAUUCCCAUCUGAUCAAAAAAAAGACACAUGA